AGGAUCACAUUUUGCACUUGGAUCUGAAACCAGGAAAUAUACUUCUGGAUGACAACAUGGUCCCAAAACUUGCUGAUUUUGGCCUCUCGAGGUGCUUGGGUGAAAACCAAAGCAAGGUUUUUACUAAUAAUAUUGGUGGAACACUGGGAUAUUUGGCACCAGAAUACAAUCAUGGUGUAGUCACAGAAAAGUUUGAUUUGUAUAGUCUUGGUGUUAUAAUUAUGGAGAUACUGACAGGAGGCAGGGGCUGGGACAGGUCUCACGCCAUUGAUGGUACUUGAGAACUGGAUCAACAGGUUGGGUGAAUCACGGACAAAUAUACAGUUGGACCAGAUAAAAAUAUGUGCUCAGAUAGGGAUUGAGUGCAGCAGCAUUAAUGCACACAAUAGACCAGAUACAAAGCAUAUAAUCGAUAGGCUUGGAAAGGCAGGAAGUACACAGGAAACGCAAGGGUCCGGCAAGCUACUUCACGUCCAGCCGACUGUACUCCUGUUUGACUUGCAACCCCAGAAAUUGAUCCCGUGCUCACUGCAGCUUACAAAUGACACGGAUGACCACAUGGCAUUUACACUUAGUACUACAGAGAUUGUGGACUGGUCGGAGCACUUCAUGGCUAGGCUGCCGCUAUACGGCAUUGUGCCGGCGCGGUCCACUUACACCCUCAUUCUGACAGUGUUGGAGUGGGAGGUACCAGACAAAAGAUUUUGCGAUAUGAUCCUGCAGAGCUGUAUAUCAGCGUAUAACCACAUCCGGAAGUUCAGAGACAAACCUGAAUGUGAGCACUUCUUUAAAGUUAACAAGACAGUGAAUGGAGUGCACGAGGUGAAACUGACAGCCUUUUUGUCUCUAAAAGGACAAUCAAUGUCGUCCAAGCCCACCGGGCCGGGCAUCAGGCCAUUGUUUAAUCAGAUCUUAUCCAUGGAUGAACCGCGGAAAACUCUGUAUUCUUUGGACGCGCAUCCGACCAAGCCAUGGAUUAUAACUGGUCAUGCCUGUGGACAUGUUCGCAUUUGGAACCAUGAGACACAGUGCCUAGUGGAUUCAUUUAAAGUCUCGCGGGGAUCAGUUUAUUCUGUUAAAUUUAUUGUGCGGAAGCAGUGGUUCAUCUCUGGUUCAGCAGAAGGUCUCAUACAUGUUUACAGUUAUGAAACAAAAAUGCAAAAGAUCACGAGUUUCAGAGCUCAUGAUGGCCUCAUGUCGCUGGCUGUUCAUCCCACUCAACCGUAUGUGCUGUCAUCGCCUUGUUCGCGUCACCACGAGAAGAAACUUUGGGACUGGGAGAAGGGAUGGGACUGCACACAAACAUUUGAGAGGGAAUACUUUGAAAGGGAUUUUCUAUGCCAAGUCGCUUUUGACCCCAAGGAGACCAACCGUUUUGCUAGUACUUCGGAUCACACAGUGAAGGUUUGGAGCCUUGAUUCUCCCAAAUCUAACUAUAAUCUGCCUGGGCAUUUUAACGAAGUGAACUUCCUGGAAUUCUUCACACGUGAUGAACUGCUGUAUCUGAUUACUGGCUCUCAUGACAUGGCUGCAAUGAUAUGGGACAUGCAGAAGAAGAAAUAUGUUACCAAUAUGCCGCAAACUUUGAUGUCUCCUGUAGAUUCUGUCUUCUCACAUCCCAAACUACCAAUACUACUUACAUGUUCAUCUGACGGCACUUCUCAUUUCUGGAGCUCCAAAGAUUUUAGGCUUGAGGGAGUCCUUGACUAUGGUUAUGGAGGAAAUGUAAGGGGCGUUGCGUGUUUGAUGGGAUCGAAAGGAAGGUUUGUGAUUGCGCAAGAAGCUGCAUUAACAAUCCUGGAUAUUGAUAAUGAGAAAUAUCAGGAGUCAAGGGAAUCUAGUGAGCCACAGUUACGUGCUGAUACAAGACCAGAAGACACAUAUUCUGAGAUGAUAACCCAAGUGUCAAACGAGCUUCUUCGUGUCCACCCGCUGAAGCUCCACUUCCCCUUCCGAUCCCACAAGUUGAUCCCAUGCUCACUGCACCUAACAAAUAACACGGAUAAACAUGUGGCAUUUAGACUUAGUACAGAAGAGGGAUUGGUGUGGUGGCAGCAGCCCUUCACAAGGAUGCCCCUAAGCGGAAUUGUGCCGUCGAGAUCUACUUACACUCUCAUUAUAACGAUGAGAGAGCUUCCGAAACUGCUACAAGAACAAAACAUUAAUCUGAUUCUGCAGAGCAGUAUAUCUGGGGAUAAGUACAUCUAUACGUUCAUAGACCAAACCGAAUGUGAUCUAUUUUUUGAGGAUGCCAAAGAUACAGGGAAUGUAGUGCAUGAGGUGAAAUUGAAAGCUGUUUCGUCUCUGCAAGGACAGGCAAUGUCUGAGAAUGGAUCGACUGUAGAAGACGCAAUCCAACCUUUAAUAAACAUAUGGGGUUUGUUCCACCCUGCCAAGGACUUUUCUGGUGUGCUGUGUUCACUAGAUGCUGAUCCGACUGAGUCAUGGAUUAUAACAGGUCAUCGCCAUGGAGAUGUUUCUAUAUGGAAGUGUGGCACACAGAGAAUGAUGUCUUCGAUUAACACCUGGGAGGAAACAGGCCUCCCUAGGAAUAUCCUUAACACCCAACACGAUGUUUAUUCUGUCAAAUUCAUUACAAGGAGGCGAUGGUUUGUGGCUGGGACAUAUGAUGGUUUCAUCCAUGUGUAUAACUAUGCAACAAGGAUGGACUUCAUAAAGAGAGUCAAAGUACAUUCACAUGGGAUUAGAGACAAUGGUAUUUACUUGUCCAGAGCACUGGUCGUCCAUCCAACCCAGCCGUAUGUGCUCUCGAUUUUUGAAGAAAUGAAACUCUGGGACUGGGACAAAGAUUGGAAGUUCAUACAAACAUUUGAGAGGGAACACUCCGAUUCCAUACAACAAGUGGCAUUUAGCCCAAAAGACACCAACACUUCUGCUAGUGCUUCAAGUGAUCACACAGUAAAGCUUUGGAGCCUUUAUUCUCGCAUAUCUGAGUAUACUCUGCGCGGCCAUUCAGACAAAGUGAACUGCCUGGAGUUCUUCACACGUGAUGGUCAGCAAUAUUUGAUUACUGGCUCUCAAGACUGUACUGCCAAGAUAUGGGGCUUGCAAGAAAAGAUGUGUGUGCAUACAAUGGAUGUUUUCAUGUCGCCAGUUGUUUCUGUCAUUUCCCUUCCGGAUACCCCAUACUUAACUACAGGUUCAGAAGAUGGCACUGUUCAUUUGUGGAGCUGUGCUAGUUUCAGGCUUGAGAGAAUAUUUAACAUUGGUGGCAGUGGGCCUGUUCGGAGUCUAUGUUUGAUGGGGUCAAAGAGACAAGCUCAUCCUCUCUCUCAACUGAGCUGAUCCGGGUCGAGCCCCCGGAGUUGCGCUUCCCAGUUGUCCAAGAGGUGUCAAGCACACUGAAGAUCAGCAAUAUAACAGAUCACUAUGUGGCUUUCAGUAUAUGGUCAUUGAAUGAUACGGCAAACUACAAUGCAUUGCCGACGAAAGGAGUUCUCUUACCGCAGUCGACACUACAAGUUAUUGUAACGAGAGUUGCACAUGAGUGG